AUGGUUGCGCCUACAGCUGCCCGCAUGAUGCAUGCCACUCGGGCACGCAUGUUCACCCAGUCAUCGGCUCAAAGAUGGGGAUUUGUCUACCGCGAGAACAGGGUUCCGUACUACCAGCGCCUCUUCCAAAAGCAUGACGGGAAACGACAAUGGUGGAAGACUUCCCGAAGCCCCUACAUCCUCUACCCAUACUACACCAUGCUCAUCGGCAGUUUCACUUACGCCUUUUACGGCAUGACCCGCAUGUUGUUUGGCCACAAGACACCCUUCUAG